UGCCGACGGCUGCCGGGCGUCCGUCUUCUCGGACUGAGAGCGGCUUGGUUCGCCAUGUUGGUUUGUGUGUAAAAAAUCGCUUGCAUCCAUCCUAAAGCCUGACUCUUUCACUCUAAGGACGAGCCCUGCUGCUAGUUCACACUCUGGGCCAGCUACCAAUGCUAUUAUUUUUGUGAUUUGCAGCCUGAAAUGAGCUUACCACAGAAAGCCAAACCACAGCCUGUAAUAAGAGGACUACAACAGCCUGCUUCAAUUGCCAGAGGACCUGUACAGCAGACUAUUGAAGAUCGUAUCUACCCUCCUCAAGCAGCAGUAGCCACGGUCCAGUAUACAGUCCCACAGGUGCCCAGACAGGCAGGACCUGCUGCUUACACAACACACGAAAUAAACAAAGGUCAUCCAAAUCUCCCUGCAACGCCGCCAGGCCAUGCCUCUUCACCAGGCCUCUCACAGGCAGCCUUCCAGUCUGGCCAGAAUGCAGCUCCACCUCCUCUUGUGUACUCCCAAAAUCCACAGACAAUGACUACGCAACCACAGGCAAGACAGUUCGCAGCAGGGCCCCGGGCUGCCCACCACCAGGGAGGAUUCAGACCUAUUCAGUUUUUUCAAAGACCGCCAAUGCAACCUACUAGACCUAACAUACAGAAUAAUAAUCCUUCCAUGCGUCCAGGGACACAGACUGCAACAGCUGCAGUCUAUCCGCCCAGCCAAGGGCCUAUAAUAAUGAUGAAUCCACCUGUGCCAUAUCCCCAAGCCCCUCAGGCUCCAUAUUACAUUGCAAAUCCGUUCCGCCCCAGUGCGACUCCGUAUAUGGGGCCACCACAGCAGUAUCCUGUUCAGCCGCCUCCUGGUCCAUUCUAUUCUGGACCAGGUCCUGGUGAUUUCACUACUUAUGCCCCAGAAACAAGGCGCAGAGGGUGGCCCCAAUCAGGAGUUCAGCCACUGUGUGCACCAUCCUAUUACAGUCAACCUGUGUAUUCGCCGGCUGCACCUUUGAUAGUGCCUACACAACAACAACCACCUCCAACAAAGAGGGAAAAGAAAACGAUUAGAAUCCGUGAUCCAAAUCAAGGAGGCAAAGACAUCACUGAAGAAAUAAUGUCGGGUGGAGGUGGAAGCAGAAACCCUACACCACCUGUUGGGAGGCCGAAUACCACUCCCACUCCACCUCAGUUUUUGUGUCCGCACCCUCAUUAUCCUCACCUGUUGUACCUCAAAUCCCAGCAGCUGCCCAGUCAGGUUGCAGAUCACCCUCCAGUUUUUGGAACUGUGGAAAAUGCACACAUGACACAAAACGUGGACUUCAAGCAAGUGGAGCGAACUGAAGCUGCUAUUACAAAACUGAAACCAGAAGAAAAACCAAUGCCGGAACCACCAGUGAAAAGUUCUACCCCAGAUGUUAGAUCGGAAAUAGUUGAAGAAAAGAAAGAGAUUGAUGGAGAACCACCUGAUCCAGUUCCUUUACAGGUGGCAGAAGAGGAGGAGGUGGAGGUGGAGGUGGAAGAGGAGGAGGAGGUGGAGGAGGAGGAAGAAGAGGAGGAGGAGGAGGAAGAAAUGGUAGAAGGGGAGGAGCCAGAAGAAGAGGGAGCUUUGGUGGAAAAUGUUUCCAGUAAUGCUAUUUGCCCAACGAUGGAUUGUGCUGACAAAUCUGAAACAUCCAAUUCCAAUGAGGAGAAGAAACUUACAUUGACUGUACAUUUGCACAAAGAAGCAGAAGAUGAUAAACAAAAAGAGGAGGAUAUCGAAGAUCUACCUGAAGAAACAAUUGUUGCUCAAUUUGAUGAAACCACGGUACCUUGUACUAUUAUCACGACUACAGACGUGAAUGGCAUUGCCGCACAGGAAAUAACACCAAGCACUCUAGAAAGUGUUUCACCAGAUUUUUCAUUGCCAGCUAAUGUAGAGAUUGAAGAUAAUCUUAGGACAGAAACGGAGGCAGAGAUUACACUUUCUCCCGUUGUUUUAUCAACCAAUCUGGAGGUUGCAGCAGAGGAAGAGGACAGUGAGGAAGCUCCUAUCAAUGAUGACAAAGAUGAAGAUGUGGAAAGCAAGGAAUCUGUGGAAGUUGAGGAGAAAGAGGUAGAGGAAAAUGAAUCACAACAACUAAACUCCCAAAAAAGCCCUGAGAUUGUGCAUGUCCAGAUGCCUAUUACUGCACCAAAGAUGCAGAAGAAUCCAAAAGAGUGGAACAAACCUGAUGAGGAUUUGUUAGAGAUCAGUGAAGAGCCUAAACUUGAAGAGCUUGCAGUUGAAACUGAACCAGAAGCUGAACAAGAUAAGACAGUUCCAGAUGCAAAUCUAGAUAAAGACUUGAACAUUAAAAGUCAUGCAGAUGUGGAAGAAAAUGGGAACCAGGAGAUAGAACCUGAACAGAAUGGUUCGGAGACUGUUUCUGAAAGUGAGAGCACAGAGACCAGCACCAAAGAGAGCCCUGAUGAGAGCUUGGUGAGCGGCUUAAAAGAAGAGCAGUGGAAAUUGAUCAAUCCAGAAGGAAAGAAGCGAUAUGACCGUGAAUUUCUCCUUGGUUUCCAGUUCAUAGCGGCUAGUACACUGAAGCCAGAUGGACUGCCAGCGAUCAGCGAUGUUGUUCUUGAUAAGAUUACCCAGACGAAACAAAUACCAAGGCCUAUAGACCCCGCAAGAAUACUAUCCCGGGGCCCGGAUUUCACACCAUCAUAUGCAGAUUUUGGAAGGCAGCCACAAAGUGGACGAGUAGCAGCAGUGCUAAAUGUUGGUCCAAGAAGAUCACAACAUGGGCAACGAAGAGAACCAAGGAAAAUCAUUGCACAAAUAUCUACAAAUGAUGACAUCCAUUUGAAGAAGUCAGAGAAUGCAUGGAAGCCCAUAUUAAAACGAGAAGAAGUUCCUGAUGCCUCGCAAAAUGAUGACUUGCAAAAUACACAGGAACUGUUCCGACGAGUGAGAAGCAUCCUAAACAAGCUUACGCCACAAAUGUUUCAACAGUUGAUGAAACAAGUUCAGGAACUGACAAUAGAUACAGAGGAGAGGCUGAAAGGGGUUAUUGACCUAGUAUUUGAGAAAGCAAUUGAUGAGCCUAAUUUCUCUGUAGCGUAUGCCAACAUGUGUCGCUGCCUCACAAUGCUGAAGGUUCCAAUGUCCGAUAAACCAGGUGCCUCGGUGAAUUUUCGCAAGCUACUCUUAAAUCGCUGUCAGAAAGAAUUUGAAAAGGACAAAGCAGACGAUGUUGUCAAUGAGAAGAGACAGAAAGAGAUUGAUGCUACUGCUAAAACAGAAGAGAAGUCCAGGCUUCAGGAUGAGCUGGAAGAAUCCAAGGACAAGGCUCGUAGAAGGUCCAUUGGAAACAUUAAAUUUAUUGGUGAACUGUUCAAACUUAAAAUGUUAACAGAAGCCAUCAUGCACGAUUGUGUUGUGAAACUACUAAAAAACCACGAUGAAGAGUCAUUAGAAUGUUUAUGUAGGUUAUUAACCACAAUUGGCAAGGACCUCGACUUUGAGAAGGCAAAACCUCGCAUGGACCAAUAUUUCAACCAAAUGGAAAAGAUAGUGAAAGAAAGGAAAACGUCUUCCAGGAUACGUUUCAUGCUCCAAGAUAUAAUAGAUGUUCGAAUGAAACACUGGGUGUCACGUAGGGUCGAACAGGGGCCAAAGACCCUUGAACAGAUUCAUAAAGAAGCUCAAAUUGAAGAACAGCAGCAGCAACUGAAGGUUCAUCAGCAGUUAUUGUCCAAACAAGAUAAGAGACGACCAGGUGGUGGUGGUCGACCCUCAGAAGAAGCUUGGAACACUGUUCCAGUAACGAAGAGCAGCAGAACAAUAGAUCCCAGCAAAUUCCCCAAGAUCACAAAACCUGCCACAGAUGAUAAAAUACAGUUGGGUCCAGGUUGCCGAUUAGGCAGCUGGGGUAAAGGCAGCAGUGGAGGAGUGAAAACUAUUGAAACUGAUUUGCCGCGAACAACAAGUUUAAAUCGAUUUUCUGUGCUACAGCAGUCAACCCCGUCUUCUGAAUCGGAUAUACGCAGGAUAGCACCCAGUCGAAGCAGUACGGGAAGAGAAAAGAAUGAUAAACCAAGUCGGCCAGCCAUUACACGGGGGAGCAGUAAUAAGGAGCUCCUUGAUGAUCGGACGCGAGAAGAAGAGAGAAGGGAAGUCCUUGAAAUUGUGCAGCAAGCCACAAAUACGUCUGAGGAGAAGAGUGCAGAGGGAGAUAGGAAUCGUCCCAAGGAAAAUGUGAAAUCUGAAGUUCCUUCUGCUGAGGCUUCCCUCAAAACUGUUGAGGCUGAGGAGACGAUGGAGAAAAAAUCAAAAUCCAUUAUUGAUGAGUUUUUACACAUUAAUGAUUAUAAGGAAGCGCUCCAGUGUGUGGAUGAAUUGAAUUCACUGAGCCUACUCCAUGUCUUUGUAAGAGUAGGUGUAGAAUCAACGUUAGAGAGAAGUCAAAUAACAAGGGAACACAUGGGUCAGCUUUUCUUUCAACUGAUACAGUCUGAAAAACUACCCAAGGAUGAAUUCUUCAAGGGGUUUUUAGAACUCUUGGAAUUGGCAGAGGAUAUGGCCAUUGAUAUACCACAUAUAUGGCUGUACCUGGGUGAACUUGUGACUCCCAUGUUACAAGAAGGAGGAAUCUCUAUGAGAGAAUUAUUUACAGAACUUAGUAAACCUUUACUUCCUGUAGGGAGAGCAGGGGUUCUGCUUGCAGAAAUUUUGCACCUUCUAUGCAAACAAAUGAGCCAUAAGAAAGUCGGGGCCCAAUGGAAAGAGGCUGGCCUAAAUUGGAAAGAUUUUCUAACUGAAGGAGAUGAUGUUCAAAACUUCAUUAGUGAUAAAAAAUUGGAGUUUACCAUAUCAGAUGUUUCUGGUCCUACUGAAGCACUUUCAAAAAUGGAGCUCUCUGCCGAAGAACUGAACAAGUGGCUAGAAAAACUUAUAAUCGAAGACAAAGCCAGCAAUGAGCAAAUCUUUGAUUGGGUAGAAGCUCAUUUAGAUGAAUCACAGAUUGGUUCAUCGUCAUUCCUUAGAGCUUUGAUGACAACAGUAUGUAGAUCAUCUAUUACAGGAGAAGGACCUCCAAGUCGUGUAGAUGCAAACAUUAUACAGCAAAGAUUGCGAUUAUUACUCAAAUACCUUAAUUCAGAUCCUGAGAGAGAAUUACAAGCACUUUAUGCACUACAAGCAUUAAUAGUAAAACUUGAUCAACCUCCUAUUUUACUAUUUCAAACAGAUUUGUUAAGGAUGUUCUUUGACACUUUGUACGAUGAGGAUGUUAUAUCUGAAGAUGCAUUCUACAAAUGGGAAUGUAGCAAAGACCCAGCAGAACAGAGUGGCAAGGGGGUAGCGCUAAAAUCUGUUACGGCUUUUUUUACAUGGCUAAGAGAAGCAGAGGAGGAAUCGGAAGAUAAUUAAAACAAAAAAGUCUUCGCCAAUCAAAGUGCACAAAGGCCAAUCAUCGCAACAAAUAUGCACGGAUAUACAGUCAGCGAUCAUGAUGAAAAUUAUGGUACACGCACGUAAAGAAAAGCCGCGGUGAUGUUAAAGAACCAUGGGUGGGAGCACUAAAAGAAAUGUAUUAUUUAUAGAAAAUAUUUUUGUUUUAAAUUUUACGCUUUUUUGUUAUUUUUAAAAGGACAUAUGGUUCCAUUUUUUCUGUGCAGCAAAAAAAAUAAAAAAAUUGAACACUUUAAUUUAUUUUUAGAACUGCAACAGUGAUGUAAUUUGAGUUUGCAGUUACUGUAAACAGAAUGUAACAUAGCGAAAACAAAACCCAAACUCUUGGUCAUUUCAAACAAAUAUAGGGUAUCAAAAUUUAGUAUAUGGUUAGGGUGGGGGGUGGUAACAAUAAUGGCUGAAAGUAGUAAUAUGUACCAGUAAUCCUUCCUGCCUGCUUCAGCUUGCUCUAGAAAUGUACAUAACAUUCAACUGGAAGAUGAUGCUCCCUGAAUUUCCAAGCCCAUUCAUUAUGAACUGCAGAAUAUGGAGAACUUGUACAAAACAAAAGUUCAACCGAGGAAGUGCUUGUAAUACUUUCAAACUAUAGACCUACUCAAAAGCUUGUAAAUACAUAAAGAGAAAUAUUUAAAAAAAAGACUCAUUACUAUCUUUUCACUUUCAAAACUAAAUAAAAACAAACCGUGCAAGUUAAAAAAAAAAAAAACAAAAAAAAAAACUGCUGUUUAUCUGAAAAUUAAUUAUCACAAGACCGGUUGUACAUCAGUUUGUACUCUGUUACCUCAUUGUAAUAUAUAGUGCAGUGGAUGCAAUGCUAAUAAUUGUGGCAGAAGUCGUGUCGAAUGGCUGGCUGACACGGGUCAGUCAUUGGAUUAUGACAAGUUUUUUUUUAAAAACAUGCUGCACGAAUGAGGAUCCCUUCUCCUUACAAACUUUCUACCUGUGAUCUGAGAGCUGUUGGAUCUUAUGAAAGAAAUGAAAAACCUAGGAGGUCAGAGUCUCUGAAAUAAAGGAUUACAAUUCCCAUGCAGAAAUGCAAACUUUCUCAGAAACUGCUGCCUUGAUUUUUACAUACAGCAAAUCGAGGAUAUUACCAUGUAAAACAGCACUUUCCUUAAACUUUUCUGGUUAAUCUCAUGAGUUACUAGUUUGAUUUGAAACAGCGACUCGUAGAUUAAUGCUAGAUUUUACUUGUACCAGUUUGUGCAUUUAUUUGAAAAUUGGUUUUGAAAAGCCAAGCUUAACAUGGAUCAGUUAUGAUUUUGAAACUUGCUUCAAUGCAAGUGGCUAUUGGAAUGCUUAUGAAGAUAAUGUUCCAGACUUGAGAUGCCAUUAAAUAACUGUAUAACUUGAAUUAAAAACUGUUCUAGGCUGGUAAUAAAUGCUGGGUGGAUUUUAUUUCCCUGCUUUCGGAUUUAUGCAUGAUCAGUGGUUCUGCUCUGAAUGAAGCUGCUGCACUUAACUGCCAAAUUGUGUAUUGGCAAUGGUUCAUUAGUACAAAGACAAGAUGUAACGGUCAUAUUGAUUCAUCAAUGGCAUAAGUUAUUCAUGGUGGCGAAUGGACUGUUAUUCACUUUUUUCAAUAUGUAACGUGCCUUGUUGAGUAUCAGCCUACAGGGAAUAUUAUGUAUACAUGAUGGAUUGAAAUAUGUCCAAAUCAAAAUAGUUAAAACUCUUAACUAAUGCAUUCUACUUCCCAUAUGACUUCUUCCGGAAGUCGUAAUCCAAGGAAAUUAACGUAAGACUUUAAACUAUUUAUUUUAUCUACAAAAUAAAGGCUCAAAUACCCAUCAGACAAUUUGCUUACACAGAUGAAAUGGUAAAACAGCUAAUGUGAGAAUUGAGAACUACUCAUUGUGUUCUUUGAGCAUCAAGAAUGAAAACUUUAGUUCUACAGGAUCAUUGUAAAAUGACAAUAAACUGGAUUGUAGAAGAUCUCCUAUGUUUGUAAUACCACAAUGGGUUCUGUAUUAAUGGAGUCUUUGGUGGGUCCAGAUUGCUCAUUAGUAAAACUUAACUCUGGUGCAUUGUGAAAACUUUGAUCCUUACAAACGUUGAGGUAUGCUUUGUGCAAUAAAUACUUAAGGGAAUUAGCCUGGCUCUCUAUUCGUAACAA